AUGCCUCAAUACAAGGACCUCGUUGUUGAACAGCCCGAUGGCGAAAUUGUCUGUCGGGCGCAUGGCCUCAUCAUUUGUGGUCUCUGCUGUGUGGACUUCAGCUUCCUGCAGAGUGAUGAUGGGAACGACUCAAUUGAAGAUGAGGACUCCGCAUACGAAGAGCAAUGGAUUCCAAACACGCCGCAGUCAGCCCAUAUACACAACGGGGCGAGCGGCCGAGCAGGAGUUAAUGGCUUUGCGACAAAUUGUCCCGAAGUCGCUGGUGUCGUUUCUGGCGUACGACUUAUGGAAGUGGACUUAGCAGAGGGAGAAAGACCUGACAGGCUCAGCAUCAGACGAGGCACUGGACGCAGUUUCCCUACCACGUUCGUUCCACCACUAGCAACAUCCGUCCCCAGUGCAUUGUUCCGACCGGCCGUUAGCCGUCGAGCUAUACCACCGGUAACACGAUACAUUCGCCGAGACGAUCCGCAGCAAAUGUUGAUUUAUGCCGAUGGUGCGUGUCUCAACAAUGGACAGGCCAAUCCAAAGGCAGGAUGGGCAUUCGUCUUCAAACCAACUGUUGGUCAGACACCGGGCCAUGUAUCAGCCCGGCUCGAGAAUAUAGGGCCUUUUGGAGACCCGUCUAAUCAAACGAGCAACAGAGCAGAGCUACGAGCUGUACUUGCCGCGCUUCGUUUCCGACACUGGGAAGGCGAAGGAUUCAAGACAAUAGUAUUUGCAACUGACUCUGAGUACGUGGCUGAAGGUGCCACUCAUUGGGCUCGUACCUGGGUGCGCAAUGGAUGGAGAACGUCAACUGGAGCUGUGAGGAAUAAGGAUCUGUGGGAGAUGCUCCUCGGCGAGGUGGAACGAUGGAAUUCAUGGGGCGUGGAAAUCCAAUUUUGGAGAAUUCCAAGGGCACUCAACGAGAGGGCGGAUACCGCCGCGAAGCAGGCCGCAGAGGGGACGGAGACUUAUGAUACUUACCAGGAGUUCAGCGGUAUCCUUGUAUAA